UUUGGAGUGGGUAUAUAUGGAUGCGAAAAUGGUAAAUUUGUGGGUAUCAUCGAGCAGCUUUUGUUUCUGCUUUUUUUGAAGAAAAGGUGUUAAAAAAAAGAAGGGGUUGGGAUUGGGAAGGUGAGGGAUUCACGCUGCGUGUGUUCGUGUUUGGAUCUCUCAUUCCUAAUCCUCCCAUAGCCUCACCCUAAGAUCUGAAACUCCGAAGUUCCAUCCAUGGCUUCCAAGCGUAUUCUCAAGGAGCUGAAGGAUUUGCAGAAAGACCCACCUACUUCUUGCAGCGCUGGUCCGGUUGCUGAAGACAUGUUCCAUUGGCAAGCAACAAUUAUGGGUCCGGCUGAUAGUCCAUAUGCUGGAGGUGUAUUUCUGGUCACUAUUCAUUUUCCUCCAGAUUAUCCUUUCAAGCCUCCUAAGGUUGCAUUCAGGACUAAGGUCUUUCACCCCAACAUCAAUAGCAAUGGUAGCAUUUGUCUUGAUAUCCUGAAGGAACAGUGGAGCCCUGCGCUUACCAUCUCUAAGGUACUGCUUUCUAUUUGCUCACUGCUGACUGAUCCAAAUCCUGAUGACCCGCUUGUACCCGAGAUUGCUCAUAUGUACAAAACAGACCGGGCUAAGUACGAAGCCACUGCACGCAGCUGGACUCAGAAGUAUGCCAUGGGCUGAUUUGGGGUUUUAGAGCAUAUGUAUAAAUGACAUUUAUGAAAACUGUUUCUGGUUUGUGUUGUUUCUUGCUGUUUUCUGGGGGUGAGAUUUUGUUUAUGUGGGAAAGGAAAGGCGGUGUUGUAAUUUGAUAAGAAAGUAACUUUAUUUUCAACCAAUGAUGUGUUAUAAUGAUUGAAAGUCAUGAACAAGAUGUUAUCUGUGUCAUAACUGUGUUGUAACUUUCUCUAUGUAGCAAUGUAGAAAAUAGUGAAUGUCGACCUUCCCA